AUGGACAGCAAACACUCAGGAACAGCGGUGCCUAAGGUAGACACGGUUGUGCUGUUAGCCGAUGAGGAGCAACCACGAAACGUCUGGAGAAUGGGACGUAUCUCCAACCUGAAAACACUCAGCGACGGAGCGAUACGCGAGGCCGAAGUUAAGCUCCCAAAUGGGCACGUGUUAAGACGACAGGUCAACCGCCUGGUGCCAUUAAAAAUUCAGGAGGGGUUACAAGAGCCUCCUGCUCCAACAAAAUCGAAGUACGACACUACACCGACCGCG